AUGCUUAUUAUUGCAUUUUUAUCUUUCUUAGUUUUUUCCACUUAUUUCUCUCCUUUACUUAUUAAUCGUAUAAAUUUAUUAUUAUUAAUAUUUAUUACAUUCAUCUUUAAUUCAUCUUAUACUUUAUUUUCUAUUAAUGAUGGUAUAAGUAUUUAUAAUGAUUGAUUCUUUAUUAAUAAUUCUAAUUUAUAUUUUAUUAAUAUUAUAUUAAUAACUGUUAUAUUAUUAUUAACAUAUAAUUCAUUUUAUAAAUCAAAUAAUAUAUACUUUUCAUUAAUUAUAUUAGCUAAUACAUUAGGUUUAAUAUUAUUUCCAUUAAUUAACGAUAUAUUAUCAUUAUAUAUUUUAAUUGAAUUACAAAGUUAUUCAUUAUAUAUAUUAACUGGUAUUAAUAAUAAAUCAUUUAAUUCAUCAAGAGCUGCAUUAUUAUAUUUUUUAAUGGGUGGUAUAGCAUCAUGUUUAAUAUUAUUAGCUUCAUAUUUUAUUUAUGAAUCAUUAGGUACAACUAAUUUAUCAGAAAUUUGAACAUUAAGUUAUUAUAUUGAUAUAUCAUUAUUUAAUUAUAUAUUAAUAAUAGCAUUAUUAUUCAAAAUGGGAUUAGCACCAUUACAUAGAUGAAGUAUAGCUGUGUAUAAUUAUGCACCAACUUAUAUAACUGCUUAUAUAAGUAUAGUUGCUAAAAUAUCAAUAAUAUCAUUUAUAUUUACAUGAACAAAUAAUUUAGAUUUAAGUAUUAUGUAUAUAUUCUUUAUAUCAUCAUUAGUUAUAGGUGCUUAUAAACCAUUAUAUCAAGUUAAUAUUAAAACUAUAUUAGCUUAUAGUGGUUUAUUAAACUUCUCUUACUUAUUAUUAUCUAUAAUUAUUAAUUCUGAAAUAUCUUCUAUUGGUUUUUAUUUAUAUUUAUCACAAUAUGUUAUAACACAUAUAUUAAUAUUCUUAAUAAUAUUAACAGCUAGUUAUUAUAUAACAUCACCAAUAUCAGAAUGAUCACCAUUGACAUUUAUACAUCAAUUAAACUUUCCUAAUAAAGCAUUAUCAGGAUGUUUAAUAAUAGCAUUAUUUUCAUUAAUAGGAUUACCUCCACUGCCAGGAUUCUAUGCUAAAUUAUUAAUAUUUACAAGUGCAUUAAGUGCUAAUUAUAUAUUUGAAUCAUUAUUAAUAAUAUUCUUUAGUGUAAUAGCAACUUAUUAUUAUGCAAAUAUAAUAAAAAUAUUAAUGAAAAAUCCAGUUGCAACAAUAAAUAAUAUAUCACCAGUAUUAGCUUAUAUAAUAAGUUAUAUAUCAAUGUUAUUAUUAUUUAUAUUUGUAUAUUUAGAUACAUUAUUACAGGGACUUUAUUUAUUUAUAAUAUAA